UUUAAGCAAAGUGUACUCAUUUCAUGUAAACCAAUGCUUUCAUUUCUUGAAAAAUAAGCUCGAACACAGAUGGGUGGGUUUUCAUUGCAUCUCUAUAUUUUGCUCUCCUGCAUAUUUUUCAUGUCCAAAACAUACAUAUAUGCUACUGACAACAUCCUCCUCAACUGUGGCGCACCUCACAACACAAAUUCUAUGGAUGGCCGAGAAUGGGGCAUUGAUGCUCUAAACACUUCAACAUCAGCCACCACCGAACAAAAGCCUUCCAUAGAUAUUCCUUACACAACAGCCCGCUUCUUCACUUCUAAAUUUACCUAUACAAUCCCUGUCUCCGAAGCUGGUCAGAAAUUCCUUCGCCUCUACUUUUACCCCGCAAACUACUCAAAUGAUUAUGAUACGGCCACAUCAUUUUUCAAUGUCGAUGCAGCGAACCACGUUCUUCUAUCCAACUUCAGCGCGUCUCUCAACCUGCAGCCCGAGUCAUCAACUCUCGUCAAAGAAUACGUCAUCAUGGUGAGUAGUGUGUUAAUGGUGACAUUUACGCCGUCUCCAGGCUCGUACGCCUUUGUCAAUGGAAUUGAAGUUGUUUCUAUUCCCGACAAGUUGUACAUUAACGGUGACUAUGCAAAAUUUGUGGGUCAAAAAACGGAAUUCAGUAUAAUUGAUUCUAUGGCACUCGAAAAAUUCUACAGGUUGAAUGUAGGCGGCCCUCACAUUUCCUCUACAGAGGAUACUGGAAUGUUUCGGUCAUGGGAUGGAGACAAGCCAUAUCUGGUUAAGCCUGGUCUUGGGUAUGAGGUAACAAAUGUAUUUCCAAUUAAAUACCUGCCGGCCACUCCGUCCUCCAUGGCCCCCGCGACUAUUUAUUUCAGUGCACGGACACUGGUAAAAGUGAAUCACGGCUCCAACAUGACUUGGAGCUUUCAAGUUGAUUCCGGGUUUAGUUAUCUACUAAGACUUUUUUUUUGCGAGAUUGUCGAUUUAGUGACAGAUUAUAAUGUAAGAGUAUUUUCUAUUUUCAUCAACAACCAGACAGCAGAGGACGCCUUUGAUGUUUUCGCUAUGGCUGCCGGGAGUAAAAUUCCAGUUCAUAAAGAUUACGUUGUUAUUGUAAGUGACAACCCAGAUGGUAGCAAGUCUAAGACGGAUUUGUUGCUUUCUCUGCGCCCUAACAAAACAUCUAAUCCUGUAGCUGAAAAUACAAUUUUGAAUGGGUUGGAGAUCUUCAAGCUGAGCCAACCUGGAGGUAGCCUCGCUUCGCAUCAUCCGCCUCAUCCGCCUAAUCCACAAUCCGGGCCAUCGCCUCCAUUAGAAACAGGAAAAGACAAUGAGAAAGGCGGUUCAUCUCACUCCCUACUUGUGGGUGCUUCUAUUGGAGGUUCAUGCGGCGUGAUAAUCUUGUUUUUACUGAUUGUUGGCUUUUUAUUUUUCCGGAGAAAAAAGAAUUCUCAGAAUGUCGACAACAAGUCAACACACGACAAGUCGAGAUCAACUAACACCAACAAUUCAUCAUUGCCGUCUGUUAGAAGCCGGAAAUUUUCUUUGAAGGAGCUAAAACACGCUACUAGCAACUUUGAUGACAAUUUUGUUAUUGGAGCCGGAGGAUUUGGUAACGUGUACAAAGGGUAUCUGGACAAUGGUACAUACCCUGUAGCAAUCAAGCGACUGAAUCAGUCAUCGCGACAAGGGGCUAAUGAGUUUCAAACAGAGAUCAGGAUGCUAUCAAAUUUACGCCACGUCCAUCUUGUACCACUGAUUGGAUACUGUAAUGAUGGUGACGAGAUGAUACUGGUUUAUGAGUACAUGGUUAACGGGACUCUCCGUAGUCAUCUUUACAGGGGGGAUAAUUCCCCUUUGUCAUGGAAGCAAAGGCUAAAAAUCUGCAUUGGCGCAGCAAGGGGGCUGCAUUAUCUCCACGAAGGUGCAGAGCGUGUGAUAAUGCAUCGUGACGUGAAAUCGACUAAUAUUUUAUUGGACGAGAAAAUGAAUGCCAAGGUGUCAGAUUUUGGUUUGUCCAAAAUGGGGCCUAGUGACGCGUCAGUCACACAUGUCAGCACAAUAGUAAAGGGAACUAUGGGUUACUUAGAUCCUGAGUACUAUCGACGCCAUCAAUUAACUACCAAAUCAGAUGUUUAUUCAUUCGGAGUGGUGAUGUUCGAGGUGUUAUGUGCUAGGCCAGUCAUUAUGCAGCAGGUACCGAAGGAGCAAGUGAGUUUAGCUGAGUGGGCUCGAAACUGUUACAGGAAAGGCAGCCUUAGUGAAAUAGUGGAUAAGAAUCUAAUGGGGGAGAUUGCAGUGGAGAGUUUGAAUAAGUUUGGAGAGCUAGCAUGUGGUUGUUUACGGAACCAGGGGAUUGAUAGGCCUAGCAUGAGCGACGUUGUCUGGAGCCUGGAAUUUGCAUUGCAGCUUCAAGAGGCUUACGAAGAUUUGGACAAAAAGCUGCACCCAGGUUCGGGUGAUUCAGCUGUCAAUCUUGUCAGUGGAGCCGGGGACGACUUUGCCAAGGACGACGACGACUUCUUCUCAACCACAAUUGUCGCUAAAGCCAGUGAAACCUCGACGACAAGUACUAGUAGUGACCAAAUGAAAUCCGGAAGUGUUUUUUCUGAAAUUCUGAACCCGAAUGCACGAUAAGGUUGAUAGAAUGCGGACAAAGGACAACUGGUGGAAGAAAUAAGAGGUAACUCAUCGGUGGGCAUACAUUUUAUUGUCUUAUUAAGAUAUGACUAGAGAGAAUUACAUUUCAUGGAGAACAAGUUCUGCAGAAGAUUACAAUGUUGGAAAAAGGUACAAGAAGCCAAAAGGAGAGGAGACUGCAAGGCAUUGGUUUUAAUUAAGUCUUCUUUCCUUGUCCGCUGAUAGUUGGAGAUCGUUGCUUGCAUGAUCUCUACGAGCUGAGCCUUGCAUCUAUAUCCAAUCAAACUUUUCUGGAGCUUUUGCUUUCUUUUGCAUAUACAUGUAUCUUAUAUAUUUAUAUUUAAGAGAUAUGUUGUAUAAAAAAUAAUGAUAUAUGAUGUAUAAAAUAAUGAUUAAUAUAAUUAAAAAUAGUGAUUAUAUUUAGAUUUUUUGUUUAUGAUAAUUUGAUUUCUAUUGUA